UCAAAGAUGGCGGCCUCCAUUGCGCCCUUGGUUACUGUACGGCGUUUAUGGAAGAUUUACCGGUGUUCUCGGUAUAUCCGAUACGGUUCCCGGUGGGGUUUCCUAGGGCAACACAAAAUACCCUGCUUGUGGAGUCCGAGGGCAGCGUCCAUUAGCCAAUUAGCAGAGACUGUAGAUCCCAAUGGAGAAGUAAACGUACACUCACGAGCUUUAGAAGAAUGUUCAGGACCUUUGCAGCAUUAUGAUUUUCUUGUAAAGGAAGCAGUGCUAAGGAAGGAUGAACACCAACGAAGAGUAAUGCAGCAUUUGGAAAAUCUCCACGAAGCUCUCAAAGGAUACAGGAAAGAUGGAAAAGGAGUACUGUCAAAGUUUUUUACUAGAAGUAAACCUCCAAAAGGACUAUACGUAUUUGGAGAUGUUGGUACAGGAAAGACAAUGGUAAUGGACAUGUUUUUUGCUCACGUUGAAGUUGAACAGAAGAAGCGAGUUCAUUUCCACGGAUUUAUGCUUGAUGUACACUCUAGAAUACAUCGUCUUAAGAAAAGUUUACCAAAGAGGAGAGCAGGUUUCAUGGCCAAAUCAUAUGACCCUAUUGCACCAAUAGCUGAAGAAAUAAGUGAAGAAGCCUGUCUUUUGUGUUUUGAUGAAUUUCAGGUGACUGAUAUUGCUGAUGCAAUGAUUCUUAAACAACUGUUUGAAAACCUGUUUCAGAAUGGAGUCGUCGUCGUGGCUACCUCCAACAGGCCUCCAGAAGAUUUAUAUAAAAAUGGACUUCAGAGAGCAAACUUUGUGCCUUUUAUUGCUGUGCUUAAGGAAUACUGUAACACCGUUCAACUGGACUCCGGAAUAGAUUACAGAAAAAGGGUCCUUUCUGCAGCUGGUAACAUAUACUUUCUCACAAGUGAAGCUGAUGUGGAGACUGUCAUGGAUAAGUUGUUUGAUGAGCUGGCUCAGAAACAAAAUGAUGUAACAAGACCAAGGAUUCUGAAAGUGCAGGGCAGGGAGCUGAAGCUGAGUAAAGCCUGUGGAACCAUCACGGACUGCACAUUUGAUGAACUCUGUGACCGUCCUCUGGGUGCCAGUGACUAUUUGGAAAUGUGCAAGGUGUUUGAUACAGUUAUCAUCCGUCACAUUCCAAUUCUUGAUUUAACGAAGAGAUCCCAAGCUCGACGUUUCAUAACUCUUAUUGAUGCCUUCUACGAUCAUAAGGUGCGUGUUAUUUGCUCUGCUGAUACCCCUUUACAAAGCUUGUUUGUACAGAAGCUUAAGAAAGGCGAAGAGGCCGAAAGCAGAAUUCUGAUGGACGAUCUGGGCCUGAGCGAGGAUUUGUCUGGAGGACUUUCUGUUUUUACAGGAGAAGAGGAAGUGUUUGCAUUUAAUCGUACAUUGUCUCGACUUACAGAAAUGCAAACAGAAAAGUACUGGAGGGAUGGAGACAGAAGUCAGAAUUAGCAUCCACUAAUAAUCAGCACUGUGAUCAACGCACAAGUCAAAGAUUCUAAAGAUAUUCUAUUUUUAUUUAUCUCAUUUUAUUGCACUCAGAUCUCAGGACCAUUACUUUAUGAUAAUCUUGUGGAUAUCUGUAGGACUCUUUUAUAUUUAUACAGGAUUUAUGUAUUAGUAACAAAUGUCCAGCAAACAGUUCUCUGCCAGUUAUACCUGUGAUCUGUGCAGUUGCUGAAUCAUACCACUGUGGUAUUAUUCUAGCUAGAGCAAUGAGGGUGAUGUGCAAUAAGAGUUAUUAUGCUUUUUGUAACAUUUAUUAAUUUAGUAAUUUUAAUGGUUUGUUGGAAAUAUAUGCAUUAACGCAGCUCUGUUGCGUUUUGGAUCACCCGGCUGAGAGCCAGGGGAUCCGUUAAUCAGUUCUCCCUGAAUGCUCAUGGACCAUUUUUGAUCGGGGAAAUGGCUUCAUUUACUGUUUUAGACGGACUGACUGUUCUUCUGAGUCUUCUAUCUAUGCACCACCAUCUAUAAGGAUCUGAGAUAGCGGCACCCAGAAAUAUAAUAAUUUACCCAUAAUCUGGUAUGUGUGAUCACGCGCAAGUCAACUGAGAUGAGCAGUGACACACAGCUACAUGAUGUGGUGCUGGAGGGAGGUGAGUACAUACAUCCUGAGCCAGUGACAAAGUUGAUGUUGGCUCUGAAGUUUGACUAAAGCACCAAUCUUGGGCAACAAUUGUCAACCUGCUGGUUCUACAUAGGGGAAAGUAGUCCCUACUUCUCCUUAUGUAUAACUUGGAAAAAAAACUUGCAUACAAGAUGGGGGUUUGAGACAUGACCAAUAGAUUGGGGAAGGGGAAAGCCAAGGAAGUGACACUUUUUCUUGGCUAGACCGAAUACAUUUUACUGAAAUUUCCAAAGGAACAUUUGCAUUUUCCACUGCUAUUCUUUGUCCAGGUUACACUCCCCUUACCACACACACACAAAAAAAUCACACCUAUUUGCAAAGGUGUGACAGCCAUUUGGCUGGUACUUUCUUCUUUUAUUGGAUGUAAAAAUCUAUCUAUUUCCCAGGCAUUCCCUGUCCUGUAAUCUUCUGGCAAACUGAAUUUAAUAGUAGAAGUACAGCCAUCUCAUGAUACAUAAUUAAUGCAUUUUGACCCGGUGGGAUACUAUACUGUAUAUGGAUAUCCUGUCUCUAUUUACAAAAUGUGUAAGACAUAUUUUAUGUCCCCUUGAUUGCUAAUAUUUUCGCAAUACAUAUCCAUGCCUUAAUUUGAUAUAAUUGCUGCAACUAAUCAAGCUUAUGGGGAAUUUUUUUAUAAAAAUCUAAAGGUACUUUAUACUACAUGUACAGAAAUGGUUUUAAAAUGUUAGACAAUGUAAUGUGCUAUUGCUUUGUCAAUUCAAGAGCUGCUAUCUUGUAAAUAUUCUUACUGAUACAGUGUUAUUUCAGAUUUAAGAAAGGCCAAGCACCACCAUGUUGUCAAAAAGAUUAGUACUCCAAAGUAAAUUGUAAAAUGUUAGCAGUCAGGCUGGGAUGAUAUGUAAGGGUAAAAUUGCAGAUAAUACUAAUCUUGUUGGAGAUAAGAAAAUGUCUGCCACCUGGACAGAUGAGCACUUGCAGUUAAAGGGACACUCCAGGCACCAAAACAACUUCAUCUAAAUUAAUGUCGCCGGGGAGGGCAAACGGUUUAACCCCUUGAGGUAGGAGUGCUUCCAGGGACCUUCUGGCACCACAUCAACUUUAUUUAGACGAAGUUAUUUUGGUGCCUAGAGUGUCCCUUUAACCUGCCUGAAUUUGACUAGAGCUUUUUAUUUCUUUUUUUUUGUCAGUCAUAAAUCCAGACUGGAUUUACAGGUUUUUCAGCCAGAAAAGGAUUCCACGGGCCUUAGACAGGUUACCAGUGUGCCCCCCAAUUCUUCAUAUAAGGACGG